AUGGAGGCAUCUUCAUUUCUCAAGAAGUCCAUGAAGGUCCAUGCCUUUGCUGCCUCCACUGCUGCUACUAGGCUGAUGGAGUUUGACUUCAAGGAGUAUAUCUUCCAGAAGGCUGACGCAGUACACCGAGCCCUAGAUGCUGCCGUCCCCCUCAACCACCCUGAGCACAUCCAUGAGGCAAUGCGCUACUAUCUCCUUCGGUGGCAAAUGCAUCCGCCACAUCUUUACCUCACCACUUGUAAGCUCAUUGGCGGCCAUGAUCUAGGUAUGCCCCCCGUUGUCGCCGUCGAGAUGGUCUAAACCAUGUCUCUCAUGUAUGACAACCUUCCCUGCAUGGAUGAUGAUGACCUCCAUUGUGGCAAGCCUUCCAACCACCGCAUCUUUGGUGAAACCAUUGCCAUCCUAGCUGGCGACAUCCUCCUCACCCUCGCCUUCGACCACCUCCCUAACCCCGCCUCCUACCCAACCGACAACCCCAUCCCACCUGUCCACAUCAUCUAUAUAGUCUCCGAGCUCUCCUGCUCCAUUAGGCUCAAGGGGUUGGUUACCAGCCAAAUGGUGGACAUCGAGUCCAUGAGGCUAGUAGUUCUUUUUCUCUUCGAUCGGCUCGAAUUCAUCCACCUCCACAAGACUGCCUUCCUACUAGAGGCCUCGACGAUCAUUGAAGCGAUUAUCGGUGGGGGCUCCGAUGACCAAAUCGAGCUACUGAGGUUAUAUGCUAAGCAUAUUGGAUUACUGUUCUAAGUGGUGGAUGACAUCCUUGAUGUAACCCAGCCAUUGAAGGAGCUAGGGAACACAUCUGGAAAGGAUUUGGUCAACGAUAAGACUACAUAUCUGAAGCUCAUGAGGCUAAAGGAAUCGAGGGAGUAUGCUGAGGAUCUGCUUAAGAAUGCAAAAGAAGGGCAUUCCAAGUUUGAUCCCGUAAAGAUGGCACCUUUGCUUCAUCUAGCCAAUUACAUUAUCCACUGGCAAAAUUAG